AUGUCGACCCUUGCAGACUCCUUCUUAGAAGACUUGGACGAACUUAGUGGAGGAAGCGAUGAAGACGAGACACUCGCGUCUACAUUGUGUGUUUCUAGUAGUAAAGAGGAUAAACAAAAUGAUGACAUUAAUGACAAGAUACAUGAAGACUUGACCCUGUCAAGACGAGCUCAACGAAAGUAUCACGACACGGAUCCGACGCUCAUGGAAGAGGAGACAGAAGAUCUUGCAGAAUCAUUACGUUUUAGUAAGAAAAAACGUGGUGUAGAAGCUAUUGCAAGACUCAAGCGCUCACCAAAGUAUCUCGCACAUGUGCAGCAGAUUCAACAAUAUGUCGAUGAUGCAGCUGCGUCAGCUAAACCCCAGCAGUUGGAGAAAGGUAGUGCUGAAUACGAUCUAGUAGUGACAUCAAAUGAUCUGAUGGUGCAGAUUGACGAUGAGAUUGAAGCUUUGCACCGCUUUAUUGCUGAGAUCUAUGCCGCCAAGUUUCCAGAGCUUGACUCGCUCGUUCCGAAUGCUUUGGACUAUGCUCGUGUCGUUAAGGCGAUUGGAAAUGAGAUGGACUUGACUCUUGUGGAAGAACUACCCAAGUUACUUCCAAGCUCAGCAGUGAUUGGAAUUUCCGUGACAGGUUCAGGCACGAGUGGCAAACCGUUGGGUCCUCAAGAUCUAACGACGUGUAUGGAAGCUUGUGACAAAGUAUUGUCACUGGAAAAGGACAAGAACAUGAUUUUAUGCUUUGUGGAGAGUCGUAUGAAAUACUUGGCGCCGAAUGUUUCGCAAUUAGUCGGCACUCGUAUUGCGGCACUGCUUGUGGGACUUGCUGGUGGUGUAGCGGAACUCGCACAACUUCCGUCGUGUAAUUUGCAAGUGUUGGGACAAGAGAAGAAGGUGUUGAGUGGUUUUUCGUCGGCUGCUGCGUUGAAGCAUACGGGUGUUUUGUUUUUCAGCGAUCUCGUGCAGAGCAUGCCUCCGUAUUUACGAAUGAAGGCGUGCAGAGCAGUAGCAGGCAAAUUAGCGUUAAUGGCGCGUGUGGAUAGCCAGCCACACCUGAACGACAUGGAAGGUGUAGUCGGUGCGCGCUUUCGUACGGAGCUGGUCGCGAAGAUGGAGAAAUGGCAAGAGCCACAAAAGGCAAAGACGAAGAAGGCACUGCCCAUUCCAGACGAAAAGCCACGCCGCAAGCGUGGUGGUAAGCGCUAUCGCAAAAUAAAAGAGCGGCUGCAGAUGACGGACGUACGGCGCGAGAUGAACCGGCAGUCCUUUGCUAUGGCUGAUGAAGAGUAUGGUGACAACGCUAUGGGAAUCACAUCUGGACGACUUGGCCAAGAAGGAUCAGGCAAUUUGCGUAUCAUGCGCAAGGAGCAAAAGCAGUCGAGCAAAAAGUUGCGCGCUGCGAACUUUGCUGCAUCUUCUGCUAGUAAACCGCCACUUUGUGGACUAGCAUCAAGCCUCGCGUUUACGCCCGUACAAGGCAUAGAGCUUAUGAACCCUGAAGCUGCAAAGGCUCGCGUGGCCGAGGCUAAUAAGUAUUUUUCUGCUGCAAGUGGAUUCGUCAGUGUUGUUAAGAAGCCAUGA